AUGUCCACAAAAUCCGUCCCAACGCUGACCCUUGAGGGGGCGCGCAUAGCGCUCUCAGCCGCCGAGCUUCGCGCAAAGGAAAUCGACGUGCCUAUGAACAUUGCCAUUCUGGACAACGCAUGCCAUCUCCUUGCAUUUGCCCGCAUGGAAGGCGCGAAAUUCACGUCCAUCAAUAUCGCCAUAGACAAAGCGUUCACAGCAGCGGGACACCGCGCACCUACCAGCGUGUACAAGGAGGCUGUGUGGCCCGGGGGUCCGGCGUUCGGCAUCAAUAAUAGCAAUGGGGGCAGGUUCACGACGAUUGCGGGUGGUGUGCCGAUUGUGAGGGAUGGGGUUGUGGUCGGCGCUAUUGGGUGCAGUACUGGGACGCCGAGUCAGGAUGAGGAUGUUGCGAAGAAGGGAGCGGAGGCUGUUGUUAAGAGCUUUGGGAUUAGGGCGAAGUUGUGA